AUGUCGCGGGCAAAUCAGUGGUUUGUACCUGGCGAUGGCAUCGCGAGAGAAGUCAUCACGGCCGACAUCCAACGUUACUUGGGCCCAGAUGCGCUCAUCAGGCCCGGCGUAGGCACCGGAGAAUACCAGGGCCAACCAGGCUACUGGAUAACCGCAUAUCGCACCCUCACUUCGCAAAUGAUACAGGAUCUGAAGAUGGAUUCACAACGUUGGCAGCAGGAACGGCAACCAGGCGAGGCAGGACGUGGAGUGGCUUAUCAGGACUCACGUACACAUGCUGCCCGCCAGCAUUGGGGUCCCACAAAACCGUACGACCAACAUGCAGCGGCCGUGGCCGCGGACCCGUAUGAGCAGCCAACCCGCCAGGUGGCACCAUCAAGGACCGCCUAUGCCACGUCUCCAAGUUAUGCUACUAGUAGUGAUGUUCAUUACACUACUACUCCAACAGCCCCGUAUGGAAGCUCCACUUAUUCGACUGGAUCCUCAUCUGCUGCACCCAGGACCCAGCCUGCGGAUCCAUAUUCCGCUUACCAGCAGACUGGUUCCAGGGACUCCAGGGAUCCCAGGGACUAUGCAACUCAGUCGCCGUAUUCUUACUCAGCGCAGACACCCACAGAUCCAUACGGGCGACAAACGGCACAACCCUCGGGUCAAUAUGCAGCUCCAAGGUAUUUUGGAUACUUCGACGAACGUUUUUUGGUCUAUCGCUAA